AUGACAACAGACGCGGCUCCCCAGGUCAACGACCUACUCAUCGUGACGGAUGCUACAUCAUCGAUGAACAGUUACCUACAAGCUCUCCGCGACGUCCUUCCCGACAUCAUCCGGGUUUCCUCUCUCACACGCUGCUUUUCGCGCGUCGGCAUCAUUGCCUACCGUGACUAUGGCGGCCGUACCAGCGCGGCUCCUGUGACGGAAUGGUCCGGCUGGAACUACAUGGACGAAAACGACGACAAUGGCAAAAUCAUAACCCAAACCUGGCUCAUCGACUUCGCCAACACUCUUCAUGGCAGUGGGAGCUACGACUGGCCCGAGGCCGCCAAGACUGGCCUCGCACUCGCACACAGCGUCAUGCGCGACGACGCGACAACCAUCAUGCUGCUCUUCACUGAUGCCCCUCCGCACCUCCUAGCCGUGGGAGGCGUACCAUGUCAGGCUGAGAUCGUCAAGCUGUCUGACCUGAGGAGUUUUGUCGGCAGCGGCCCCGGCUUUGUCGAUUCAAUCUCCGGUGCCACCCUCUUGUCGGACGGCGACCGCAAGGCCCAAGUCUUUGCCCUCGUCCACGCCACGGAUGUCCAGGCGUCACUCCUGUACCUGACCGCCAUGACAAACGGCAACUAUUACCACCUCAAAUCAGCCACGUCAGACGUCGUUUCCGACUUGACCAUGCAUGUGUUCCUGACCUGGAUGGGACUUGCGAGCGACCAAGACGAACACUUCAACGAUAUCGUAACGACUGCCACCUACCGCAACACAGAUGGGCUGAGAGAUGCUCUGAAGGAAGGUGACUCGAGCCUGCGACGUUUCAUGGAUCCGCAAGCUUGGCAGCAUCAGUCCAGCCACGUCAACUUCAACAUGACGUUGAGCGAAAAGGCUCAAGGCCAUGGGACGACUGUGAUUGUCACGAACCCGCGCGCGUCGCCCAUGCAAGCGCUCGAGGCGCGAUACGCCAAUGAUGCCGAGUACCGCGUCUUUGUGUCACAGCAGCUCGCCGCCAUCAUUGAUACGAACGCAUCCGCCGUGGCGACACAUCCCGUCUACGGCUCGCUCUGGCGCGCCGUCUGUGCUGACAGGGCGAACGAUGCCCGAGACGGUCUGGUCAUGGCGUUUGGACAGGCCGUCGACCGUAUCACCAGUGAAACAAGACGUCGGAAAAUGAAGGACUGGCUCGCGCAGUCUUACGAUUUCAGCGCCGUCAUCCAAGAUGCCAUCGGCGACAUGACCGAGGACGAACGUUAUCCCUGCGUGCUUUUCGACCCAACAGAGAAUUUCACGGCCGUCGCUACCGCCGGAGGCACAGACAACCGACAAGUCACAGACUUGACUCGCGAAGAACUCCUCGAGAUUGGACGAUCGUGUGACCCUAGUAUUCUUCGCCGCCUCGGCAAGGUGCUCGCGCAGAUGAAAUAUGUCGCCACCGAGGCCGAUCUCCCUGCCCACCUCAGAGACGGGCCUGGCGUAGAUGUUCCUCGUAUCCCUCUGGCGCUCGCAAAGCCUGAGCACAAGCGCAGCUUUUGGAAGCUCCUGCUUCAUACCGUUGUUCCAGGCACGCAGCUUUCCACGCGCCCUGCCGCGCUGCUUGCCGCCCUGGCCCUUCGCAAGGGAAUCCUGCCGCUGAGAGCGGUCGCCGACCAAGAAAUGAUUGCGUUCAGUGACAAGUGGAACAACUUGACGACAACGGAAAACUGGAACCUCGGCUGCCUGUUUCUGCUCCUCGACGCAGACAGGGAUUUUGAGGUGCGUGUCUCGGAAGGGACGAUCAAACGCCCCAGACCUGAUGCCCGCGUCCUUUGCGAUGAAGAUCGCCGUCUGUUCCGCACUCUAGUCGACUACAAGAUGCUGGAGCAGAACCUGCAGACAACGCUUCAGGCGCGCCUGGCGACGUGCAAGACUGGCGAUGCGGGGAGUUGUGGUCAAGACGUCGGGUAUGACCGGAUCUACCAGCACAUGAGCGAUGAGCACGGCGGCUGGUGGGAUAACCGAGACGAUGAAGAUGUGGAGGAUGAGUGGGAGUACGAGUAUUGA